AUGAAGUCCAUCCUCAACUACGCUGGCCAAGGCAUCAUGGCCUUCGCAGCUGCGAUGCCAGCCUCCGCGCAGAACCUCUCCUACGGCGCUGACAACUUCUACCGUAGCGAAGACGUCGCCAUCCAGCCCAUCCACUUCAACACUAUUUACAACACUACCAUUGUCGGCAAUCUCUUCACGGCCAGGAACGCAAGCCUCAAUGCCAGCUCCCCCGCCAUUGUCGUCGGCCAUCCCAUGGGCGCAGUCAAAGAACAGUCCGCCAACCUAUACGCUACCAAGCUGGCAGAGGAGGGCUUCAUCACCCUGACCCUCGAUCUCCCCUUCUGGGGCAGAAGCGAUGGUCCCCAGAAUCUCGUAUCGCCCGAUUUCUACACCGAGGCCUACAGCGCUGCGGUCGAUCAUCUGGGUACUUACAACUUUGUUGAUCGCGAUCGCAUCGGUGCGCUUGGAAUUUGUGGCAGCGGAGGAUUUGUCAUCAAUGCGGCCAAGAUUGACGCUCGGAUCCAGGCUAUCGCUACUGUUUCCAUGUAUGACAUGGGCACCGUGAAUCGACAGGGUCUGAGAGGAGCUACGUCGGUAGAGCAGCGCAGAGCAAUCAUCGCCAAUGCGUCACAACGUCGAUGGGCUGAAGUCGACGGAGCACCGACUGGAUAUGCCGUCGGCACUCCAAACGAACUCACAAGCCAGUCGGAUGAUGUCGCCCGUGAGUUCUUUGACUUCUACCGCACCGUUCGCGGCGAGUUUACUCCCGAGGGAUGGCAGCGCAAUCAGACUACUCACCCUUCACUCAUCACCAACGUCAACUUCCUCAACUUCUACCCUUUCAAUGACAUUGAAAUCAUCUCCCCUCGUCCACUUCUCAUCAUCUCUGGCGACCAGUCGCACUCAAGGGAAUUUAGCGAAAACGCUUAUCGUGCGGCCGGUGAGCCUAAGGAGCUUUACUGGGUUCGGGGAGCUAGUCAUACUGAUCUUUAUGAUCGCACUGAGGUUAUUCCUUUCUCUAAGCUCAACGAGUUCUUCCAAGAGAACCUCGUUUAA